AUGUCGACACAACAACAAAACAAGAAGGCCGUCCACUUCGGCGCCGGUAACAUCGGUCGUGGUUUCGUCGCUUGCUUCCUCCACAACUCCGGCUACGAAGUCGUCUUCGCCGACGUCGCCGACGCUCUGAUUGACAAGCUCAACGCGACCCCUUCGUACCGUGUCAUUGAGGUCGGCGCUGAGGGCACCAACGAGAACACCAUCACAAACUACCGUGCCAUCAACUCAAGAACCCAAGAGGCUGAGCUGGUCGAUGAGAUUGCCACCGCUGACGUUGUCACGUGUUCCGUCGGUCCGAACAUCCUUAAGUUCAUCGCCCCCGUCAUUGCCAAGGGUAUUGAUAAGCGACCCGACAACCUGGCUCCUAUUGCUGUCAUUGCUUGCGAAAACGCCAUUGGCGCCACCGACACCCUUGCUGAGCACAUCAAGGAUCCUCGCAACACUGCUCCCCACCGCCUGGAGGACCACCACAACCGCGCUUGCUAUGCCAACUCUGCCAUUGACCGCAUCGUUCCUGCCCAGGACCCCAACGCCGGCCUGGAUGUGACACUCGAGAAGUUCUAUGAGUGGGUUGUCGAGCGUACGCCCUUUGAGGAGAUCCCCAGCAUCGAGGGCAUUAACUGGGUUGAUGAGCUCGCUCCCUUCAUCGAGCGUAAGCUGUACACCGUUAACACUGGACACGCUACUGCCGCCUACCACGGAUACAACCGCAGCAAGCGCACCGUCUACGAUGCUCUGCAGGAUAAGGCUAUCAUGGCUGAGGUCCGCAAGGCCCUAGAGGAGACUAGCAACCUGAUUAUCGCCAAGCACGGCAUUGACGAGAAGGCCCAGCGUGAAUACGCCGCCAAGAUCAUUCGCCGUAUCGGCAACCCCCAUUUGGAGGAUGCCGUCGAGCGUGUCGGCCGUGCCCCACUCCGCAAGCUGAGCCGCAAGGAGCGUUUCAUCGGUCCUGCCGCUGAGCUCGCUGAGAAGGGCCAGGACUGCUCUGCCCUGCUCCGCGCCGCUGAGAUGGCUUUCCGUUUCCAGGACGUCGAGGGUGAUGAUGAGAGCAAGGAGCUUUCCAAGCUAAUGUCCGAGAACGGCCCUGAGGAUGCUGUUACCAAGAUCUGCGGUGUCCAGCCCUCAGAGAAGAUCCACCCCAUGCUUGUCGAGGUUGUUCGCCGAGUCCAGGCCGACAGCGAGGAAUGA